GGGGGCGUCGCGGCAAAUCGGUCCGUCAAUGAAUUGUUAAGAUGAGCGUCCGUGAGUACAUUCUGGCUGAAGCUCGGGAAGAAACUAGAGAUCAUUGACGGUGAGGGGAAAUGGCACUCGCUGUAAACACCUGUUGCAUGAGACUCGUACGUUGUCGACGAGAGUCACCAGCCUGUUCGUCGCGCUGAAGGGGUUAAUGGAAGAGAGUGAUUCACGUGUGGAGUGGUGAUGGUGUUGCGCCAUGAGAAGGUUGAAGCGCGCGGUCGGAAGCAAGUCGGAGUGUCAGACCGGUGAGGGUGUAGGUCGAAAGCUGAAUACAGGGGCUUGUCCAAAUACAGCACAAUUUUGUGGACACGUGACCAAGGUCAACCGCGUCCUCCCGCGUCGUCCAUCUCCUCUUUCUCUCCACCAUCCACACCAUCGUCGACCACAAACGCGACGUCCUCAACCUCAGCCUCAAGAUGGACCCUACGGAAAUCGGCAAGUAUGGAACGUUACGACUCAUCAAACGCUCGGAUCCCACAGUCUCAGUCGCCUCCUUCCCCAUCGACGAAGAGACCGUCACCUUUGGUCGUGACACAAAGUGUAGCGUUAGGCUGUACUACCCCACUGUAAGCUUAGUUCACGCAAAACUCAUAUUCCAAGACCGAAAAGUACGUCUCUCUUUUCAAGUCUCAUCACAACGUACUCAAGUGGCGCAGGCGUUUCUUAUCGUUCUAGGCGAAAAUGGUCUCCACAUCGACGGCUGCCAGGUCUUUCCCUCCAGCAACCCCUCCCUCCCAUCCACCAUACCCGUUUCCAACAACUCUGAAAUUGAGAUCCACAAGAAGCGCUUUGUCUUCACCUACCCGCCCAAGGAGUUCCGCACAGCCCUGUACGAGUCGCCACAAAAGAACGCGCAAAUGACCCCGGGCACGCGUCGAAAGGCGCUCCGCAUGUCCAUGAUCAACAGCGCCGUUGUAUUUACCCCACGCCCGAGCAACGACCCACGCGAGAACCUCCGCAUUCUCCAGACUCCGCUCAAGUCUCCCCUCAAGAAGCCCGCAUACAGCGCACGGGAUAUCGAGGAAGAGCAGGACGAGGGGGACGACAUCGUCCUCGUCGAGGGGAACCAUCCCCAGGUUGUCGAAGAAGAGAAGGACCUCAUUGUGCUCGAGUCUGUCGAGGUCGAGGAGGAGCCGGAGCCUGUCCAGCCCCAGCGUAGCCCCGCCAAGCUUCUCUCGGCGCGGUACACGCAGCAGUACCAGACCCCUCGCAAGCGCCCUGGCUCGCGGCCUUCGCUGCAUCGCGCUGUUCUCAUCCGGUCGGCGCAGAAAGCGUUCAUGAAACACGAGGAAGAGCGUGAGGAAGAAGAGGAGGAACGGGAAGUGGAGGAGUUCGUCGCCGAGACUGUUGAAGAGGUCCCCGAGGAAGACGAGGAAGAUGAUGAAGAAGCAGAAGGUCCGCAGGAGGAUGAGGAGAACCCGAUGGGGCCUUCAGCACCUUCUAGUCCAUGGCGGAAGAGUCUUGACUUUGCACGCUCACUCGCUUGGCCGUUCCGCUCGUCAUCUGCUCAGCCGGAAGUCGAGGAGGAACAAGACGAAGAAGUGGAAGAGGAUGACGAAGAAGAGGAGCAGGAGCAGGAGCAGGAGCAGGAGGAAGCCGAGUACGACGAAGACGACGAGCAAGAGAAUGAAGUGGAUGGCGAGGAGAUGGACGUCGACGAACACGUGGAUGACGACCUUCCGGAUGAACACGAUCUCGCACCCGAAGACCCCGAAGUCAAAGAAGAAGACGACGAAAACGUCCCACCGCUCCCUGCGCCAACGAAGAGCGCGGCCAGUGGCACCCCGAUACGCUCUCGCCUCCUCGGCCAGUUCAUGACCCCGCAAGUCCACGCCGCGGGUGGCCGCGGCCGCGGUGCCGGCCGAAACUCGUAUGGCGGUGGCGGUUUCAUUCAUACUCCGGCUGGGAUGGGAAGUACCGGGGGAGCGCGGAGGGUGCGGGUGGAGCCGUCGUGGAAGGUGUCGGAUCUGGUUGUGCCUGUUCCGCACGAGCGCGAGGUGCUGGAGGAGGAGCAGGGUGGGGAGGAAGCGGGCGAGGAAGAGGAGGAAGAGGAAGAAGAUGCGCCUGCUUCGUAUGUCCCGCCGCUGAGGCAGCGGAUCAGUGAUGAGGAGCGCAAGGCCAUUCAAGAACGACGCAGAUCUGCGCUCGCAAUGCCCGACCCUUACUUCGGUGGGCGCACGCCCGGGCUCGGUCCCGAGGGCCUCGUGGGCGGAGGCGGAACACCCGUGGCCUCGCCUGUCAAGCGCGAGUCUGUUCGCGUGAGCAUGUCUCCGUCCAAGGCGAUGGCGACGUUCCGAGAGGAGAACAGUGUCGGCGACGAGGAGGGGGACACGCGCUCGCUGCUCGACCGCAUGAAGCGCACCGUCGAGGACAUGAAGCGGCGGCGGAGCAGUAUUGGCUUGCCCAUGUCUGUCGUCAGCGAUGGCGAGCAUGAUGAUGCGGAACGUGAAGAUGAGGAUAUGGAGGAAGGUCAAGAUGAGGACGAGGACGAGGCACAAGCGGUGCCCGAGUCUAGCUUGGACAUUGAACCGUCCAGCGAUGCUGCCCCCGCAGGUGAAAUGGCAGCGCCCCCGACACCGCAUCUCGAUCUCAAACACAUGUUCGCGCAGCCCAAGGGCGUGCAGAGCACCCCCGCCGUCAAGAGCCUGCGGGACCUGUUCAAGCCGUCCACCGAGCACGCGCACGCCGCCGAGGUCGGGGAGACGCCGCGCAUGGACUCGCUGCGCCACAUGUUCAGCAACGUGGAGCGCGAGGACGCGCGCAGCACGCCCCGGAUGGACGGGCUGCGUCAUAUGUUCCCCAAUGAAGAGCGUUUGGGCGGGGUGGGCGGUACGCCGGCGUACGAGGGUGUGGGUGAGAUGUUCGGGACGCCUGUUGCUGCUGGCCCUGCUCCUGUGACUGAGGAAGAGGCUGUGCGUGAGCCUGAGGUGUCUGCGCCGGCUCCGCGUCCUGUUGCUAGUCGGCUCCGGGCACCGACUGCGACGCGGCCUAAGGCGGUGCGGGUUUCUGCUGAGCCUGUGGCUGCGAAACCGGCGUCGAAAGAUGCGGCGGAGGUGCGUCCGCGGGCGAGGCUGUUGAAGGCGCAGCCAAAGGAGGUUCCUACUAUUUUGGAGAGUGACGAUGAUGAGGAGGAGGACGGUGCCGAGGCUACGGGCGCGACGGCUACGCGUUCGACGCGCGCGAGGGGCGUCAAGGCGCCUGCGACUGAGACAAAGACGACGAGGACUACCAGGAAGCGAUCGGCGACUCCUGUCUCAGGGCCUGCGGAGACAAGGACGGCGCGCAGCGAGCCUGGCAAGCGUACAACGGCUGGCACCGCCUCUAAGACGGCUGCUGCCUCUAGGACGGCUGCUGCCUCUAAGGCGGCGGCAACAGAGUCCAAGGGCAUGCGCCGUGGGCGCGCUACACCACAGCCUGGGGACGCUUCCAAGUCGAAAGCUACGACCGCGGCGAGAAGCCGGUCUACAGCCAGGUCAAAGUCGAGAGAACGCGGCCGUAAGACGGACGAUGACCACGAUGGCGAGGACGAUGACGACGAAGACGACCCGCUCGAUGCUAUUGGGGGAGACGACGACAUCGAUGAGGGAGACGCGAAGCCCAAGUCGAAAGCCAAGGCUGCUCCUGCGCCUGCUGCGUCUAGUCGGAUGGCAAAGGCGACGCGCUCACAUGCGCAUGCGGCUGUUAAAGACGAGCCUGUCGAGACGGGGCUGCCUUCGAAGGGGGUGAAGAAGACCGCGGCGGCGGCGACGCCUGCUACGCGCACUCGCGCAGCUGUAGCUGCGGCUACUACGUCCAAGAAGGCGGAGAUCUCGCGUAUCCCGAGCCGCUCGGCCUUGCGGACGAACAAGGAGAACACGCCUUCGGUGGAGGACGAUGACAGCGAGCCGUCGGCUCAUAAUACUGCUAAAACGGCAACGACGGCUGGGAAGACGCUCAGAGGAAAGAAGGCGGCGGGGAGCGAGGGCGAGGGUAAGAGUGAGGUGCUGGCGAAGACGAACACAAGGACGACGAGGGCGACGAGGACGCGGGGGACGACGUCGUGAGAUCUUAAUGAUCUGAACUUAAAGGGUGUAAUGUGUACUAUUUUAUUCUGUUCUUGAAUGUGUACAGUAUGGCUGAUUUAUUAAACUUUU